CGCACUCGACAAACCCCUGGAGAACGAUGCGGAGGGCGUGUGGAGCCCCGACAUCGAGCAGAGCUUCCAAGAGGCCCUGGCCAUCUAUCCACCCUGUGGCCGCAGGAAGAUCAUCCUCUCUGACGAGGGCAAGAUGACGAAAUGAGUUGAUUGCACGGUACAUCAAACUUCGCACGGGGAAGACACGGACCAGAAAGCAGAUGCUGAUCAUGUGUCAGUGUUCUUCACCACCUCCUGGAUCUGGUGCUUGUUAGAAGGGUAAAGAAGCCGCGGAACACGGGAAUCGUGAUGGGAGGACGGGGCGGGACAGGCGAGGGAUUUGGAACUUUACCCCCCCCUACGGCAUCCGAUAUGGACGGACUGAUCUACGGGCAGUGAUGGAUGUGGGGAGUAGGGAUGCCGGCUAAGUGAAGGAUUAUGGAUGGAAGGUCUCUAGUCACAUCCAGGUUUUAGCCCGACGGAAGGCCAGGGAGAUCCAGGUGAAGCUGAAGGUACGCUACGACCAGGUCGCCAAAGACAAGGCCCUGCAGAGUAUGGCCACUAUGUCCUCAGCCCAGAUCAUCUCGCCCACGGCUUUCCAGAACAAGAUGGCCCUCCAGGGCCUGUCGAGGCCGGCUUAUCCCACUGCUGGUGGGUUUUGGCACGGGACCCUUCCAGGACAGCCGGGAGGCCACGAAGACAUUAAGCCCUUCUCCCAGCAGAGUUACGCCAUGCAAGCGUCCGGCCCGACCCCAAUAACAGGUUAUGAGAGCACAGCAGGGCUGUCAAUGUCUCCUGGUGCCCCCUCCUGGCUGGGCAGAAGUAUUGCCAGCUCCAAGCUGCGAAUGCUGGAGUUCUCUGCCUUCCUGGAGCAACCGCAGGACCCGGAGAACUUCAACAAGCACCUGUUUGUGCACAUUGGCCAGUCCAACCCGAGCUACAGCGAUGCCUAUCUGGAGUCUGUGGACGUCAGACAGAUCUACGACAAGUUCCCAGAGAAGAAAGGAGGCCUGAAGGACCUGUUCGACAAAGGGCCACACAACGCGUUUUUUCUCGUCAAGUUCUGGGCGGACCUCAGUAUUAACCUGCAGGAUGACAGCAGCUUCUUCUACGGGGUUUCCAGUCAGUACGAGAGCUCUGAGAACAUGAUUAUCACCUCAUCCACCAAAGUCUGCUCCUUUGGAAAGCAAGUGGUGGAGAAAGUGGAGACGGAGUAUGCCCGUUUUGAGAAUGGACGCUACGUGUUUCGAAUCCAUCGUUCCCCUUUAUGUGAAUAUAUGAUCAACUUUAUCCACAAGCUCAAACACCUGCCGGAGAAGUACAUGAUGAACAGCGUACUGGAGAACUUCACUAUCUUACAGGUGGUGACUAACAGGGACACACUGGAAACCCUCCUGUGCAUAGCCUACGUCUUCGAGGUGUCCACCAGUGAGCACGGCGCACAGCAUCACAUCUACAGGCUCGUCAAAGACUGAGCCAGUCUCCCAGCUGGACCUUUCCCGCUCUAGACCAUUCGUAGCACCUCAGUGAGCAACAACACUAAACAAUGGACUACUCCCUCCGUGAGCGUACAACUCCAUCACAAGCCCAGGGACACGGUGGCUCUGUCGGCAUGCCCAGGGACACUAGGCCUGCCGGGGAAGAGGUGGAUUUGGGAUUGUGGAAGCUGAGACGGGCUUGGUGUGAAAACUGAAAAAAAAAUAAAAGAAGAGAGAAGAGGAGCACGAUGCGCCGUGGUCUCUGCACCAAAGGAGCCUCACGAGACCUGCAUGAGAAGGUUGUCAUUGUUGGUGUUUUUCAUCUCAUUUUACUAGUGCUUGUUUUGGAUUUAAAUUAAGAGUGCAUGUGCAGGGGACAUCUGCCGCGGAUGAGUUUGGCUGCCUGAGGGCGCCACCUAGUGACUUAAAUAUAAAUAACAAUGGGGAAAACUAGUACAAGUACACUGAGAAUCCCCCCUUUGCACAUCCAUAAAAUAUCCCUGUUUUUGUGCCAAUAGUUUGUGUUAUGUUAGAAAUGGUGUACAGUGCUACAAGUCAUCUCCUCUAGAGUAACGUAAGAGGCUAAAAUGAUUUGAAAUGAAGAGCUACUGCAUUCACUUUGUUUGACGUUUAAUGUUAAAUGUGUCUUGUAUUGUCUUACUGUUUUUGAUUUAAAUGAUCUGACUACAACAAAAGGCACAUAAUAACACUGCUAACUUGAAGCAGACUGAGGUCUGUAAGCUGAUUACAGAGGUUGACUGUAACUGCACGUUGCCCUGAAGUGACAGAUGAAAAUACAAGUGUUUCUUACAUACGUAA